AUGUCGUCUAUCACUCAAAAUGACCUUGCAAACCUUGAUGAUCAAUCCAAGAAAGAAAUCAUGACCUUUUUGGAGUCGGAAAACUCCAAACAAAAGGUUCAGAUGUCCAUUCAUCAGUUCACGAAUAUCUGCUUCAAACAGUGCGCUUCGAACGUUAGCAAUGGUAACUUGAGCUCUCAGGAGGAGACGUGUUUGAAAAACUGCGUCAAUCGUUUUCUGGAUACCAACAUUAGAAUUGUGAAGGGCCUGCAAAGCAUCCAGUAA